AUGUUUAUAAUUUUUUUAAUCUAAGCUUUAUACUCGUUAAAAGCAGAGAACUUUUUGUGUGGACUACGCCUAUUUUAUGACGAGUCAACAUUUUUUCUGAUUGACUAACAAAAUGAAAAUACGAUGCCUUACAUACUAACAAGCCAAUCACCUCAUUUUGGGUUAGAUAUCCAGUAAAGUUAUAAAUCCUCACCAAGUUUGAAUAAUAAUUCAUAUUUUUUGGUCGGAUUUUCAGAUGCCUAUAUUUUUGCAGGUGAUGCUAGUGAAAUAUAAUGGAUAUCGAUUUAGGAGUUCAAAGUCAAUCAAAAUAGAACCAAUGCAUCAAUUCAUAAAUAUAAUGGUUAUAAUGGAUAUUUUGUUGAUAAGGGAGUAGAUGGAGGGCAUUUGCUAAUCUCCACAGAAAAUUUGGUUCGAGAUUUUUCUUAUGGCAAAACGGAUGCUGUAGAUAAAUUUGAGAAAAUGGGUUUUAUUUAUAUUGUAUCUUGGGGUGGCAAAGGGGAUGCGUUGCUGAUUUUAAAAAGAUUUAUACAUUUAAUCGAAGAAUCUGAAGGUUAAGAAUAUUGUUAACAAAAGGUCGCUUUAAUCUCAUUAGAGUAAAUCAAAUGUAAUUUAGAUUAAAACUUUGAACGCUUAACCUUUCAUACACCUGAUCUAUAUCAUCCACCUAUACACUACCAUUUGGGAAAUGAAAUAAUCAAUGGGUCCUUGGAGAAUAAAUAUUUUACUAAAAACUAUCCGGGACUUUAAGUUUUUGUUGCAUAAAAUUUGAAUUAAGAAAUUCUAGAAUUGAGAAUUCCUCUUAAAAAUAUGGAAAUUCAUUAAUAAACAAUAUAGUAUCCAUUAAGUGGACUAGUUAUCACUCUAUAACAAGAAAAUAGAGGAUUUAUUCACAUUGUAAUUUUUGAGAGUGAUGAAGAAACUCUUAUACAUUACAAAGAAGAUGAAAAUCUAGCUUAUAUAACUGUUGGUAUGACUGAUUCAAAAGUCUUUGUCUUUUCAUUUGUUACUUCAUAAUUUACUAAAUUCCCUUCAAUGGAUUUGAUUGAGCAUGUAUUUUAAGAUUGUAUUUUCAUAAUUCACUAAAGAAACAAUGUUUGUGAAAAUACCCAAGGAUAAUGUGCAGAUGUUUCUUUAAACCUGUUUAAACAGCUAUAAUUUGAAUUGCAAUCAGAUUAAUUAGUUAAGUUUAAAUCUAAUGGAGAAUAUUAACAAACUCCAUUUGUUGAGAUGUAUGAAAAUCAUACAUAAAUCUCGAAUGAAUUUAAUGUGUUAUUUUCUUCUGAGAUUAACAAUAGAGAGAUGAAUCAUGGUGGAUAUAUUGGGUCAUAUCUUAGAGUCACCUAUAAACAUUAAAGCAUAAAUUCUUUGAUUAUUAAUGAACAGAAUGAAAAUUUAGAAGUAUUUUAUAGUAUUAAUGAUAAUAUUUAUUUUCAUUCAAUUCGAAAUAUUACUGGAAAGACUUAUGUUUUGGUAUUUACAUCUUAAAAUGAGUUAACAGACAUAUAAUGCUUGUAAUUGUUCAGGGAAUUCAUUGAUCACAUCUAAAAGUUAUUUAUAAUUGAUUAGGUUGAAAAUCAUUGUGAAGCCAAACAAAGAUACUAUGAUGUAACACCCAUCUAGUAUAAGGAAAUACAUAAACUAAAAAAAUAGCCAGCAGAGUUAAUUUAAACUGCUGAUUAAGAUUAAUUUGAAUAAAGCGAUUUAGAAUAUUCAACAAAUGAUGAUGAAAGUUGUUCAACCAGUCUUAAUACGAAUUCAGAAGAACUAGGAUUAGUUAGCGAGGCUUCUUUAAUACCUGAUGAGAACCAUCUAGAAACUUAAAAAAAUGAAAAUAUAAGAGAAAACGAGAAUUUAACAACCUAAGAUCCAUCAUAAAAAGGCAACUUUGAUAAUUAAAAUUAUAAAUAACAAUAAUAAGAAAUAUCACAAUAGAUAAAUAAUUUUGAAAAUAAAUAAAUUUAUUAAAGUAAAAGAGAACAGCUUGAUUAAAAUGAAAAAUCAAAACUAAACUAACAAAAUCCAAGCUCUAAAUAAAAAGAUUUAAAAUCUUAAUUGAUAAAACAACUAGGAAGUAAGAUGGAAAAAGUAAGUUCGCAGGUUAAAAAAACUUAAAACUCAUAAUAAAAUAAAGUUUAAGAAACAUAGACUUAAGGGAGUGAAUAAGUGGAAGAAUAAGAGCUGUAAAUGGAUUAAGGAGAAUAAUAUCAAAAAACAUUUCAUCAAAAAGAAAAAGGAUCUUCGAAAAAUGACUAAUAUUAUGUUAUGGGAAAUAGAUAUUCAAAUAGAGAGCAUUAUAAUAGAGAUUAUGGUAGAAGAGAAGAAUAUUAUGGUAGAAGAGAUAAUUAUUACGGAAGAAGGGGGGGUGAUCAUUAUGGUAGAGGAGAUGAUUAUUAUGGGAGAGAUAAUAAUUAUUAUGAGAGAGACGAUUAUUACGGGAGAGAUGAUCAUUAUGAUAGACAUAAUAGUAGAAGAGGACCUCUAUUGACUGGGUAGAGUGUCACAAUACCAAAAAAUCCAAACGAUUAAGAGUUAGGGAAAUUCUUAAGGGAAGUUAUUAGCAAAUUAUAUAUUUAUUCAGAUCCAUGCGAUGCUAAAUCUACAAAUUAUAAUCCAAAUAAUUGUGAAGCAGACAAUUACUAUGGUUCUUCUUCAAUAAAAAGAUCAAAUCCAAGACAAAGGGAUUUUUAUCGAAGUGCUUAUAAAUAUGAUAAUAGAUAUGAAUACAGGGUUUGUAUCACUGUCUAUAGUAAGUGUUAUUUCAAAGGGGAAUCUUUGUAACUCUGUGGUCACCAAAGGAAUAUUCCAAAAUCCUAAUAAUCUUUAUAUAUUCUAUCUAUUAGAGCAGAUGAAAAUUACAUUGUUGAAUUUUAUAUGAGAGGAAGUGAUGGGAGAUCAGAAUUAUACACAUUAAAAGGUACUUAAUAGUGUUUAAAGUCUCCAUUAAGAGUUGAUUGGCUAUUACAAUGA